UCUUUUACAGAUGUAUUCAUAUUUUAUGAUAAGAUUGGAUUGUGUUGUGAGUGUUUAAUGACUAAAGUGAUUUCUCAAAUGUGCCGACGAUGAGAAAAUGGUGUCCUUCGGUGAGAUUCGGGUUGAUCUCCGCAUGGGGAUCCUUCGCGGUUGUCGGACUCUCUCUGUUCCUUGGGUCGAAGUGGUUCAAAUUGAGCACCUGCGAGGUCGAUCUUGUCAAAUUCAAGGAAUUCGGUAAGGAAAUUUUCGCUUCGCAGUGUGGGUCGUUGACGGGUGUACCCUCUGAAGCGCAGCUGUUGCUGUAUCACAUCUGCUCUGACGAGAACUUGGAAAAACGGGUUUCAUGUUUCGAAAAUCAUCACGGAGCUUCAAAGAUUGUACUUAAAUACGAAUGCUUUCUGAAUUCGUCGAAAAACUGUGCUGUUCAUCCGUCAGUUCCCGCACCUUACGUUAUCAAGUCGGAAAGAGAACCUCAGCCCAUGACCCCGACAUUCGACUUGGAAGAAAUCUGUGAAAUUUUACAAUUGAAUUACGGCGUUGAUAUUUGCCGGGACUCGGGUGACGUGGACCUACCUCAAAAUUCAGUGGAUAAAUUGAACGCGUUGAAGUCGAUGGAGACCUUGGCGGAAGUUUUCUGGGGCUUUUCCUUGCCUGCGUUUUUCCCUCGAGUUUUAUCCGUUCAUGAUAACUGGUACGUCGUGGAAUUUUUACCCACGAUAGAACCUGGAAAGAGUAACGAUAAAGUGAGUCUGACGAAGAAUUUGCUGUCAUUUUUGUCGAACCUGGAAGUUCGUUCGGAGCAAAGAUUUGGCAAUUCUCUGGUUCUCUGUGACUGGAAGCUGGAACAUUUUGGGACGAACGGGAAGGGUGAAUUCAAAAUCCUGGAUGCGGACGCUGUCUUUCUCUUGGAACAAAUGCCAAAGAUAAUUUUUCCGGAGGGGGAAGGAUGCUCGACGGACGAAGACUGUUCUUUCUUCGACUGUCGCGAGAUUUACGGUUGCGAACACGGGCGAUGCGUGUUGAAAGAGACUACUUCUAAGCGGAAUUAUAACGCGGGAAUGUUUUGCGAGAAGGUUGUGAAAAUGGUGGAUAAUUUUUUCCUGGUCUGGCUCGAGAAAUUCAUGUUUGGUGGGAUCCCGCCGAGGAUCACUGGCGGAGGAGACACACCUAGCGAAGAAAUCUCUCAAAGUUCUUCCGCAAUACAUGAGUUGCUGUCAGCAGAAGUUGAUGAAAGCAAUAAGGAUGGAGGUGCAGCAGUGGUGCAGAGGUGUUCCCAGCGAAUCAGACAAUCAAAAGGACAGAAAAGGCGCAGAUUCAGUGAAAGCACAACAAGUGAAUCUGAUGAUGGAUAUGACAAAGAAGAAAGUCCUCCCGCUGCUUCCAAACGUGGGAAACAAAAUAAAGUCCAUGCCAACAAUGAAAAUGCUUUUCAAAAGGAUGCUGCAGGACUUAACAUGCUGGAACCAAUGUCAAUUCUGGCAUUGGUUGAUGAGAAAAACUUCAUUACAAACCAAGUUGUGCCAUUCUUGCUUGGGCUGGAAGCAAGUGGUGCGGUUCUGUCAGAGGAGCUGAGAAAACAGUUAGAGGGUUUGAAAAGCACCCUUAACGACCACACAUUGAGUGCACCAUAUGAGGCAGAUGUCUUCAAGUACACUCCAGAGAAUAAGGAGAUUCUCAAGUGUAUGGAUUCACAACUGCAAGAGGCAAUGGAACGGGGAUGCCAGAUGUAUCGUCAAGUGUAUGAAGCACACUUCAAGUCAACUGUUGCCUUGUACCUGAAGCUGUUGAAGGUGGAUGCCUUCUACAAGGAGGAGGAGUGGGACAAUGAGGAGGUUGACUUGGGGCCAUAUCCCCGAAAAGUGACUCCAUGUGCCUCCAAACAGGCACAAAGUGAUCAUAUGGAUGGGAGGCUUCAGUCAAUCUUCGAUGUGAAAAAGAAUCUGGACAACCUCAAAUCCAUAUGUCGGAAGGAAGUGAUUGGACAUGACACUGCCCAAGUUAUCUAUGUUGCACAUGGACUGUCAGUUCGACUGGAUGAUCAUGAACUCUUCAUGAUAGCAGUGAGGAAUGCAUUGUUGAUGAAAGAAUCACCCUGGAAGAUAAAGAAAAAUGAUGCUGCAUCAAAUGAAGCUAAGUCAUCAAUUCAUGACCUCUGCAGAAGGAUGUUUUGGCCAGGGCCAACAUUCAAAACAAUUGUGAACCCAGUCCGAAGAAAUCUGUUUGGGAAAUCAAGUGACAAGAUUGAUUUCCAUGAUAAACGUCAAACUACCAUGAUGAAAUAUGUUGAGGCUGUCUACAAGUUUGUGCGCAGGUCAAUCCUUGAAAAUAAAACCGCACAGGUCAGCAGGCACCCAUCAAUCCAACCAUUUGAAAAAGCAGUGAAGGACAUCACUGCAACCUUCAGGAGUAGACUGUCCCACAUCCGAGACAAGGAGAACAACAACAUCCUAACAAAGAUAGGAUCAAAUGUGAAGUGGUACAGAAAUUCAUCGUCCUGCGAAGUGGCCGGUGCUCUGGAGUCUGCUGAUCCUACUGGCAAGCCCAUGAAUUAUCUGCCAGUAAUCGAGGUGCCAGGGAAGAAGAAAGGCUCAUUGCUCUAUCACUGCGCCAUGGACUCCGGUGACUAUUAUUAUAUCAGACUUGGAGGAAAGCACUGGUCAAGCGGAAGGGAUUCCCAUGACAAUUGUAGUAGUGUAUCAGUAAGAUGUUACAACAAAAACUGUCAUGGAAGAGCAAUUGUGGAUCUUCCAGAAUUGAUGGCAAGAGAAAGUAGAGGACAUGCUGAAAUGUGUGCUUCGUUUUGUGCUUCGGUCAAGGAGGACUUGAGGGCAGCAGAACUGGCUAAGAAUUUGUUUCGAGAGAAUCCCUUGAUUUCAACUCUGGAGUCCGUAAAACAAGUCAUUGCGAGGCAAGUUCGGUCUUCGAAUCAACUGAAUGAAGGCAUCAGGCGGUUUCGUUAUGAGGAACGUGCUAAGAGAGACUCGCAACGCGUCAAGGAUAAAGAAAUCAAGGAAAAAGAGUAUUAUCACCUGGGUGAAGAGAAGGCUGUGCAUGCACACGGUAUUAAUGUUGAGUUUGAAAGCGUGAUCAACAAGUGGUAUGAUCGGGCAGGUAUGGAUAACCGUUUGCCAGUCGUUGUCAAAGUGGAAACUGCCAAAGGAGGAUGUGUGCCUGAUGAAGAUAAUGAUGGAUUCCUGGAUGUGAAGGACUUCUUUGCAGUGGAUGAAAAACAUGAGGAACAUCUAAGCACUUGCAGAGGUCUUGAUGAUGAGGAAGUGUCUGUCGACAGUACGACAUCGAUUGGUUCUGAUGUAGAAGUCGCACUGGUUGGACGAGAAAGGAGUGAAGAACCUGAAGAAGCUUGCCAAGAUACUACAAUUUUGAACCAGAGGAUGACCAGAGCCAAAUUUUCGCAAAUUCUGCAGACGACACAUGUUGACCCGAUGAAGGAUGAUGCGCAGGUCGAUGCUCGUGAACCAUGUGUGGCCCGAAAAAUUAAAGGUGGAAGAAGAUCGUCUCAUCCUGAUCAGCGUAUUCAAAGUCAUCGCAAAGGACAGAAAAGGCGCAGAUUCAGUGAAAGCACAACAAGUGAAUCUGAUGAUGGAUAUGACAGAGAAGAAAGUCCUCCUGCUGCUUCCAAACGUGGGAAACAAAAUAAAGUCCAUGCCAACAAGUUUCUGCUUUUAAUGGACAUCAUUGAAAUCCCCUUGGUGGAGCAGAUGGCAGCUGCUCCCAAGGACGUGCAUGGCGUUUCUGAAACAUGUUACAUUCUUCAAGACAGCCCCUGCAACUUGUGUACUUCACAUUUGGAAGUGCUACAGUUCAUGAGGAAUGAACGUUGUUUUGAUGCAGAGCUCAUGGCUCUCUGCCUGGAUGUUGCCAUGGCCAAAGCAUGUGCAUCCAGGUGUUGUCCAUGUGAUGCGGCACUAACACUGGCUGAUUUUGUUUUGAAAAAUCGUGACUAUGAUUCAGCCUUGAUUGAACAUGCAGAUGCUCUAAGGAAAUCUGUAUUGAACAGGGGAAAGAAGGCAUCUGGAAAAGUUCAAGUGGCCAGUGGACAUCAACCAUAUACUCGGAUUCAUCUCUUGCCAAAAGGGGAACCUGAUGACAUUGAAAUACUGGAAGACAAUUGGUUCUGCUUGGAUGCUCUAAGUCCUGAGAAGAAAGUUACCAUUAACUUGAGCAAGAUUCCUGAAGGACGGGGAAUAUUCUACAAUGUUCUGGUGCGUGCAUUGUUUCCUGCAGAUUCUUCAGCAGGCUUAACUAGAAAUGCUUUGGAGAUGUUUGAAAGAAAAGAUUGUGAAUUCUUCACAUUUCGGGAAGACCUCAUAUUCCUUGAAUAUGAAUACAAGAAUCAUAAGAAAAGUCAAUCAUUCUUUCCCAAAUUGCUCAAGUCAGUCUUGCAGAAUGAGGCCAAAGCAUUCUUGCAAAAAUGCAAUGAUGACACCAUGGAGGAAGACCUGAUUGAUCAAGCUGAAACAUGUGAGAAGUGCUUCAGUGAUGAUGGAAAGGUUGUCCUUGGAGAUUUCAAGAAAUGGUUACAAAACUGUAAUGAAGUCCUCACCAAAACCAUUGUUGGACGCUACAUGGAGAACACCAGCUUGAUAUCUCAGGAAUUCAAGUCAUUUGAGUUGUGGCACAAGGAAAUUUACAAUAAGAGGGCUGAGUUGUGGAAUGAAUUUUUUGAAAGACCCAGCGUUGCAAGGAUGACGUGCACCACGGAAAACUCCAAGGCUGCGGUGCUACCAUACGUGCCUCCACCUCCAGCUGCCAGUUCAGACCUGCUAGCGUCUUCCGCCGGGCCAUCCAACGCAGAACAUGAGUCACCAGUCAUCACACCAUCAACUCUGCUGAGUUCCUAG